ACAAAACUAAUUCAUUGUUGUGUAUUUGUAGGUCAUCAGUUUGUUGUCAUGGACCUUCCGUUAUUAUUUGAAACAGGCAGUAUGAUUGAGUAUCUUUAUAAAAUAAUUGUAGUUACCUGCGAAGAAGAUAUCCAACUUGUAAGGGUUAUAGAGAGAGGAAAUCUGACUGAAACUCGUGCCAAGAAAAGAAUUGGUGCUCAGAUGGGAUUAGAUUUAAAAUGUUCAAAAGCCCACUACGUAAUAGAAAAUUCAGGGAGUAUAGAAGACACAAGGGACCAAGUAACAAAGGUAGUGGCAGCUCUCAAGAGCAGCAACCAUCACUGGAAGCUAAGAUUGAUUGCUGGACUGUUCUGCUCAGGUGUUGUGUCUUUGUUAAUCUGGCUUGGCACAAAAUUCUAUCAGAAUAGAAUAAUGUCAUAACAAAACACAUGUAGUGUAAGUUCUGACUUAUGACUGUUCCAAUUUCAUGAUUCUAAAUUAACUAACAUUGGAGAAAUUACUUAGGUAUUUUGUACUUUUUUUAAUAACAUUUUAAAGAAUACUAAAGUCAGUGGAAUUUAACCCUAGGGUUGUAAUUAUUUGUAGACACUGAUUAAUUUAAUUUCACAAUUCACUGACAAAUACUUUACUGGAAUGGUUCUAUUCUUUUUACAGCAUCAUGCAGCCAUUCAAUGUGAAAUGUGUGUUUUUUAUUAAUUUUUGCUGUUUUCAAAGUGUUAUAUAAUCUGAGAGGCAUUAUGAAUAGUGCAAGUGCAGUUUUUACCAAUGUAUACAUUAUGGCUUGUCUAGAAAACCUUAUGAUAUUUAUCUAAUAGAAAAUUAAUGAUAUGUAUAUGCUUGUAAAAUAUUAAAUAAAUAAAAGUAAAUGUC